AUGCAGGUGAAGUUUCAAGAAUUCAACACUGCAAAAAGCACAUACCAGACAGAUUUGAGUCUGAAAAAGACAGACUGGGGGCCCCAGCAGGCUGCAUCCAUCAAGCAGAGCCAGCAGGUAUCAGACAGUCUUGGGUUCAGCGUCCAUGAUGAGGUUGUUGCCGCCGACGAUAAGAAGUUACGGUGGUGGCAAUGGCGCAAGAGAUGCCAAGUGGUGCCAACUCUUGUAGAACAACGGCAUCUGAAGAGCCACCCCAGCCCCCACCAGGACAAAGCGAUGGUUUUGGGGGGCCUGUCGGAUAAUAAAACAAGCUGGAAGAAGAGGAAGAAAAAUGACGAUCAAACAACAAAUGUCACACCCACAAACCAGAGUAUCAGAAAUAAGCAGUACAAGUAUCUUGGGUUUCCCAACCCGGCACAGAUCUGCUACAUGAACGCCAGCCUGCAAAGUCUCUUGACUCUGGAGGACUUUGUUGAAGACAUCAGCCGUCAGGAGGCAAUUUGGAGGUCCAACCCUGAUGCUGCAAUAAUCAGAGCAUUAAUGAAGAUCAGUGCUUGUCACAGCUCCAGUGAUGUCCAGCAUAAAAUCUCCUGCCUUUUUUCAUUCAAGAACACCAUCUCCCUCUCUGCACAGGAGUUUCAGGAUGUCUGCCAGAAAGAUGCGCAUGAGUUCCUGACUUCCGUAUUGGAUCAAAUACGAAAUCUGAAACCAUCACAGCAGAGGGUGGCGGCCAGUGUGGGUCGAGCCUACAAAUGCCCUGUGGAACACCACUUUGUGUUCAAGAUGCAGAACUUCAGGAUGUGCCUCACGUGUAAGAUGAAAUUCACCAGAGAUGAAGAAUUCACCAACCUGUCCUUAGACCUGUUACCUGGAAUUGGAACAGUCGAGCAAAUGAUCCAAAAUUAUCUCAAGAGGACACUUGUGGAGUUCCAAUGUGAGUGUGGUUCCAACACGUCAUUGCAGCACUCCUCUUUCGUCAGCCUGCCAAAAGUGCUGGUCUUGCACCUGAAGCGCUUUGUGUUUUUUUCAGUCUUUGGGUCAAUAAAGGUCCGCCGCCCUGUUUGCCUUACAAAGGACUUAGUGGUGACAUCCAGACAAGUAAAGUCAACAAUAGGUGUUAUUAAAGGCCUACUGAAAUGAGAUUGUUUUAUUUAAACGGGGAUAGCAGGUCCAUUCUAUGUGUCAUACUUGAUCAUUUCGCGAUAUUGCCAUAUUUUUGCUGAAAGGUUUUAGUAGAAAACAUCGACGAUAAAGUUCGCAACUUUUGGUCGCUAAUAAAAAAAGCCUUGCCUGUACCGGAAGUAGCAGACGAUGUGCGCGUGACGUCACUGGUUG